AUGACAAAUGUGGCGAUCCCAGAAAUACUGACUCACAAAUACAAUUUUGUCCCUAUCGAAAACUUUCUCAAAGGACGCUUCAAGCCGGAUAUGUUAUAUGGUGAGUAUGCAAUUUACUUAAGUAGUUUUGACUAUAAUUAUUUUACAAAUGUCAUUGGGGUUUUACAAGAUGUUGUUAAGACGCAGAUGGGAGGUGGUGAUAAGAAGUCUUGCGCCAAUAUCACUCUACGUGAUAUUGAAGGCAAUGUUAUCAAGGUUGUGUUAUGGGAUGAUUACGACAGAGUUUCUGGAUUACCAUGUCUUUCUAACGCAUUGAACGACUCUAGACUUUACAUUAACUUGGACCAUCCACAAGUUAAUGAAUUCAAAGAUAGUUUUUUAGCAACUGAUUUAUCCAGUGCACCUGCUCUUUCUCUGUCAUUGACCUUCGUUUCAUCCAUACAAUCUGUAGUUUCUCUAAGAUUGGCAUGCACUUUGGAUUGUUUCACAACCACAAUUGGGACAAUCAAACGUUUCAAGGCUUAUAAGUUUGGUUGGUACUUUGAGUCAUGCUCUGGCUGCAAAUCAUCUAACAAGUCUCAUGGCGAGAAAUUUGAAUGUGCAUGCGGAGUUGCUGAUGUAGAACCUGUCACUAAAUUCAAACUUGAAGUGGAGGUAGAAUAUGAUAACCACAAAGGAACAUUUGUUUUUUGGGAUAAGGAUUGUAUUCCUUACACUAAAAUGAAUGCGAAGGAAUUAAGACAAAUUAUGAAGGCGGUUGGAGAGGACAACCCUAAAAUUUGA